AUGCAACGAGCUGUUGUUGACAGGAGUGGACAUAGCACUUCUGGUACUACGGAUGUACUCGGUUCGUAUGUGGUACGAGGCAGGUCUAUUGCUGAUGGACAAUCUAAUGGUAGAAUUACAGGAUGGAACCUUGCACAAGUACAUGUAAGACCGAUUCUGAAGAAGAAAGCAAUCUCCACUGAAGACAGGGGAGAGUUGCUGAUGCAGAAAUGGCAAGCACAACUAGAAGCUGCCAGUACUUUCAAGGACGAUGACAGCAUGGUCAGCAAUGGAAGCUUGAACAUGCAAAUUUACAAGUCGACCUCGAAGAUGGAUUCAUUGAAGCACUGUUCUCAAUGGACCAAAGACAACAAGAAACCUUUCAAAUCUAAUGGAAGUAAGCACUGGGAUAUUGAUCUUGGUGUACAUCUUGAUUCUGGAUCUACGUUCAGCCUACGAAUGAACGAAGAUUACGCCAAACCGGGCACUGUGUCUGACCUGGAUUACAUGUUCAACUACGGUACAAACACUGGCCAACGUGACCUGCAUCAACAGGUCGAAUCAAGUAUUAUCGAAGGACACACUUGCUUGCUAGACACUGAAGCGCAAUGUAACCUUGAUAGUUUAUCCGAGCUUGUGAAGCUUGGAUUUCGUGUCAUUAUGGACGCUGACAUUGAAAACUCCUUCAUCGUUACGAAGGGGGAACAGAGAAUGAGGUAUGUGCAUACUUUCGUACCCGAUGGUAGGGCGGAGAGUGAUGAAGGAUCCGAAUACUCUGAAUGUGAAUACAGAGAAUGCGGAAAUGGUGACUGUGACGCGAUUCGUGUCGCACACACCGAAUGCCAUAAAUGUGGUGUUAUUUUCUGUGGUAGAAUUUUAAAAAUUAGCUAUUCUGAUUCCGAUUAUUGUGGCAUACAGACGGUACGGGAGAAUAUUGAAGGGUUCACUGAUAAACAAGUUGAGCGGGCUAAUCGCGCACAAUUGGUGUAUCAUAUGGCUGGUGCACCAGGAGUUCAAGCGUUUCGUAUUACAGUAAGAUCUGGUCUGUUCAAGAACUGCAACGUGAAUGAAGAAGAUGCAAUCAUUGCCAAAAAAAUAUAUGGACCUGGUUCUUUGGUCCUAAAAGGAAAGACGAAGCGUCCCACACCUGAAGGAGU